UCAUGGAACAGAGCCUGACCCUUGUGCCCACGUGUAGUCACUAUUUCCUGUCAGGGGUUGGACUCAUCUAUACACACUGAUAGAUCUGUUUUGAUUUGUUUUUUUAAGCUAUGGAGGAAUUACCUGCAGAUACCAAAGCCUUUCUUCUUAACCACCCUUUCCUCCAGUUUACAGAUGGCAAAAAGAUCAAAUGCACUCUUAAUGGCCAUGAGUUUCCAUGCAACCUGACGGAGCUCCAGGCGUUUACUAAAGGGAAGAAAUAUGAGAAACUGAGUGCUGCUGCCGAGUUCAACUACAGCCAGUAUGCACCACAUGUUGUACCAAGCUCAAAACAACCCAAACAGCUUUUCUGUAAACUGACCCUCAGACACCUUAACCGGCAGCCUCAUCAUGUCCUAAGACAUGUCAACGGGAAACGUUUUAAAAAAGCCCUCUGCAAAUAUGAAGAGUGUGUGAAACAAGGGAUUGAUUACGUUCCGUCCAGACUCAAACAGAAAAGGCCCAAAGACUUUGAAGAGGAGGUCAAUCGGGGGAGGACCUUAAAACAUGGGAACGACCCAUUGGGACCCUCAUCGAGUGACGAGGAUCACAGUGAUUCAGAAGACAGCAUGAGUGACCUCUACCCCCCUACCAUGUUCAGUUUAAAAGACGAAGCAGAAGAAGUUAUUGAGAAGGAAGGAGCUGAGGAGGAAGAUGACUUCCAGACAGAUGAAGAGGAGGAGAUGGAGGUGGAUACGCAGGUGCAGCAGCAGAAACGCAAAAAGGAACAAGGCGGUGGUUUUCAGAAGAAAUUUAGAAAUAACCGCUGGAAAUCGGGGCGUAAGAAACCAGGAAAAGUGCCCAAUGGACAGUAAAAAUAGUAACCAUAUACAUAUAGUAUUUUUAUACCUGGUAAUCUGUCAGGGAUUAACACAGCGCUACCAGUUUGGAGGAGUAUUCCUUUCAGAGCCAGCCUGACUUGUCAUAAGUGAACAUCCUUUUGAUUUUUCACAAUUUCUGCAUAUGAAAAUGUGUCUGUUUUCAGAGGUGUGAUGUUGUAUAAUUCUAAAGAGGCUGCUUUGUGUAAGAAGGAAGAUGCGAUAGUGGCAGUAAACACAUCAUUUUGACUGGAUAAGUUGUAUUGUCUGGUUUGCAACCAAGUGUUCUAGUAUAAAAUACAAGUCAGUUUGGAUUUACAAACAUUGUCUGUGUUCUCUUUAUUUCAUUACCUGAAGUGGAUGAAAAUAAAUAAAGACCUUUAGAGAAA